GGGGGACUUCCGGUGGCGGAGAAGCGGCCCUGUGGAAGGGCGCGCGCCGCGGCGGAGGGGCGGGCGGCGAAAUUGGCUCCUCCACCCCCCUUCCUGUGUGCUGCAGGAGAUGGCGCGCCUGGCGGAACAGCUGUGGCUCGUGGUCUGCGAGAGCAUCCUGGCCUUGGUCUCCUUCAGGACCGACCUGGACUCUGAUCUCGUGGCUCAGAUCGUCGUCCUCUCCUUCCGCAAAUGCCUUCACUGCGUGGCUGACAGCUGCGUGGGCUCUAUGGAGAGGAGAGUUGACUUCUCCAGGUUCUUCCAUUUCCUCGUCAUCUCCUUUCUCCUCGUGCUGAUGGUGGUUGCUGUGGACCUGUCCAUCUCCCACCACUCCCUCAGUGACCACACUCCCUUCCAGCUCUUCUUUUACUUCGAGCACUCCAUCCUGUUGGCCGCAGUGCUCACCACCAUCAGCAGAUAUGUGCUGCACCUCCUGGAGCCGCACUGCGGAGCCCUGCAGGAGAACAGAGACAGCUGCGCGCUGUGCUUCUCCUUCUGCAGUGGUCUCAUCAGGGCCCUCCUCUACGUGGGAUUCAUAGUCAGUAUGAUUGGGACCCGCACCUUCCCCCUCUUCGCCGCCCAGUCCGCAUGCCUGGCUGUGACGCAGUUCAAGAAGGCAGCAGUGGAUCUCUUCGUGUUGCAUUUUGCUGACCCCAGUGGGAACACGCUCCUCCCCGGUGCCACCCCGGAGGCGCUGCCCGCCGAGGACAACGCCUGCGUCAUCUGCCGAGAGGAGAUGGGGCCGGAGGUGACGGCCCUGCCCUGCUGCCACGUCUUCCACACCAGCUGCCUGCGGUCGUGGUUCCGGCAGCAGUGGACGUGUCCCAUGUGUCGGAUGCCCGUCCAACGCGUGUUCUACCCCGAGCUGAUGCCCCCCGACCCCCCGGCGCAGCCCCCCGACCCCCCGGCCCGGCCCCAGACGCCACCGCGGACCUCUCCGGCUCCUGAGCCCCAAAACUGGGAUUCCUAUGAGGAAGAGGAGGAAGAAGAGGAGCAGCGGCAGCCGUUGGGCCGAACUCUGAACCAGGAAAUGAUCUGGGUCUACCAGGAGUGUUUCACCCGCCUGGAGGAUGAGAACAUGGCCGCGUGGCUGCUGCGCUGCUACGACAGCGGGGCCAAAGGCGUCAACUUGGAGGGCAGGCAGCUCCGCCGCUUGGGAUCCCUCUCCAACGAGCCGGCCUUGGACAGGCUGAUCUGCAGGAGGGAAGACAGCAGCUUCACCCUCUGGAAACGAAUGCUGAGCGCCGUCAGGCAGCGCUAUCGCAACCGGAAGUACGUAACGCCGCGCGCCUCCCCCUGGUUCACUCUGGACGAGGGCAUCCAACGCCUCCGCCAGCUGGCCGUGGUGGAGAUGCUGUACGCCGACUCCUUCGACCCCGACGACCCUCGGGCCGACGACUGCCCCGACACCACCAAAUGCACCCCGCAGAUGUGGUGGCAGCUGGCCGUGAGCGCGCCGUCCGACUUGGUGGCCACGAUGACGGCCGUGCAGUGCAUGUACCACAACCCGGCCUCGGUGAUGAUGCUGACCUGUGCCCUGCAGGACUACGACAGGAACGUGGCGUCCAUCCAGCGCCGCUGCGUCACCCUGCUGGAGGAAUUGGCCAGAGAAGUGCAAAAGCUGUCCCGGGAGGUCGAGCAGUGCGGCCGUGCCGCGACCAUGCUGUGCACGGCGGUGGUGAUGCUGGGCAGUUUGGCUCUGACCACGGCCGUGGUGGCCCACGCCUAUUACCUGAAGCACCAGUUCUACCCCACCGUGGUGUACCUCACCAAAUCCAGCCCCAGCAUGGCCGUUCUGUACAUCCAGGCCUUCGUGUUGGUGUUCCUGCUGGGGAAGUUCAUGGGCAAGGUGUUCUUUGGGCAGCUGCGUGCAGCUGAGAUGGAGCACCUGAUGGAGCGCUCCUGGUACGCCGUCACCGAGACCUGCUUGGCCUUCACCGUCUUCCGUGACGACUUCAGCCCCCGUUUCGUGGCCCUCUUCACCCUCCUCCUCUUCCUCAAAUGCUUCCAUUGGUUGGCCGACGACCGCGUGGACUUUAUGGAGAGGAGCCCCAACAUCUCCUGGCUCUUCCAUUUCCGCAUCAUCUCCCUCAUGUUCCUGCUGGCCAUCCUGGAUUUCCUCUUUGUCAGCCACGCCUAUCACAGCAUCCUCACCCGCGGCGCCUCCGUCCAGCUGGUCUUUGGCUUUGAGUACGCCAUCCUCAUGACCAUGGUGCUCACCAUCUUCAUCAAGUACGUGCUGCACUCCAUCGACCUGCAGAACGACAACCCCUGGGACAGCAAGGCCGUCUACAUGCUGUACACGGAGCUCUUCACCGGGUUCAUCAAAGUCAUCCUCUACAUGGCCUUCAUGACCAUCAUGAUUAAGGUGCACACCUUCCCCCUCUUCGCCAUCCGCCCCAUGUACCUGGCCAUGAGGCAGUUCAAGAAGGCGGUGACGGACGCCAUCAUGUCGCGCCGCGCCAUCCGCAACAUGAACACGCUUUACCCCGACGCCACCCCGGAGGAGCUGCAGUCCACGGACAACGUCUGCAUCAUCUGCCGCGAGGAAAUGGUGACGGGGGCCAAACGCCUGCCCUGCAACCACAUCUUCCACACCAGGCUUCCCUGUGUGUGUCCCCCCCCCCAGCUGCCUGCGCUCGUGGUUCCAGCGGCAGCAGACGUGCCCCACGUGCCGCAUGGACGUCCUGCGGGCCUCUCUGCCCCCGCAGCCGCCCCCCGAAGCCGCAGAGCAGAACCCGGCGCCGCCUCAGAGCCCCCCGGGGGCUCAGCCCCAAAACUUCCCACAGGGGAUGCUCCCCCCGUUCCCCCCCGGGAUGUUCCCGCUGUGGCCGCCCGUGGCUCCGUUCCCCCCCAUCCCCGGCGCUCAGGGACCCCCCAACCCCGAGAGCCCCACAGCAGCUCCAGCCGCCUCCAGGGCCGGGGAUGGCACCGCUUCGGGGUCGGAGGGCACUGCAGCGCCGGGCUUCGCUCUGCCCCCCCCGUGGCUGGGAAUGCCGUGGCCGCCCAUUUUUGGGCUCCCCCCGAUGCCGGUCCCCCCCCCGGGCUUUGCGGGGCUGACCCCGGAGGAGCUGCAGGCCAUGGAAGGCCACGAGCGGCAGCAUUUGGAGGCGCGGCUGCAGUGCCUGCACAACAUCCACACGCUGCUGGACGCCGCCAUGCUGCAGAUCAACCAAUACCUCACCGUCAUGGCCGCCAUCGGCUCCCCCCGUCCCACCGCCCCCCCCCCCUCCCAGGACCCCCCCACCGCCGCCGCCGCAGCGCCCCCACAGCGCAGCUCUUCGCCUCCCCCCGGUGCGUCAAACCCCCCCUCCCCGUCACCAAUAACCCCCCCUAAUUAGGCUGACGGCUUUAAUUGGGGCUCAGCUAACGAGGGGGGGGGCUCCGUUUUCCCACCCCGCAGCGGAUGGCGGUGAGGAGGAGGAGGAGGAGGAGGAGGAGGAAGGAGAGCCCAACACAGCCGAACUGCGCCGCCGCCGCCUGCAGAGAUUGGGGUCCCCAUCGCCCCCCCCCCGCCUCCCUCUGACCCCAAUGAGGACUUUAUUUUGGGGGGGGGGGUUGUGGGGGGCCCCCCCACCCCUCCCUCUCCAAUUCUGGGGGCGCUCAGAGCCCACCUCGGAGCCCCUUCUGCCUUUCUUCCCCCCCAAAUCCCCCCCCCAAAAAAGACAGAAAUCACAUCCGGAAGCAUUUGGUGCCCUUCUCCCCCCCCCCUCAAUGUUCCCCCCCCCCAUUUCCCCUAUUUUUCCCCCCCCUCCCCCCCAGAAAGAGCUGCUUUUUGGGGACCCCCCCCAUUUUGGGGCACACAUUGGAUUUCUUUCAGCCAAAACUGGGAGUCCACCCCCCCCCCCCC